AUGGACAACGCCCACGACGAAACUCCUUUGCUAAAUCGACAGCCAGCUGCGUUGGGCAUCAUCAUUGUGUUCCUGAUUCUCGCGUACGUGUGUGGGUUAGGCCGCCUGUAUAUCCGGUUCUGCGUGGUUCAUCGACCUGGCUGGGACGAUGGAUUCCUUAUAAUAGUGUUGAUGACAACCACUUUGUUGUCUCUGGCAACGUGCAUAGCUCUGUUCAAUGGCCUGGGUAAACAAUUUGCAGGCCUUGGCCUGAUUGGUAUGGAGGCAUUCAUAAAGUCAUUCUACAUUUGCAACGCUGCGUACUGCAUGGCCACGACUUUCAUCAAAUUAGCCUUGCUAUCUCAAUAUCUCACGAUGUUUGAGUUUGGAUCACUGUCUUUUAGACUGACCAUGAUUGUCGACGUCAUAACGGCAAUGUGGGGCUUGGCGUACUCAACCAUCGCCUGGUUUCCUUGCGAUCCUGUCUCUUCCCAAUGGAUUCUCACGCAGCCGGCCACAGCGCGUUGGGGAUUCGGUUCAUCAGCCCUGGGGAUCUACCGGAGAACUUACGUUAGCCACAUUGCGACGAACAUGGUCCUCGACGUGUUGGUGUGCGUUCUACCGCUUUCUUGGGCUUGGCGGCACGCGGCUCAAAAGAGGUCUAUUUACGGAAUCGUUUUCCUGUUCGUCCUCGGCGACAUUGUUGUCGCCAUUGGCGUCAGUCGCCUCGUCUCCAUCGCAAAUACGGCUGCAGGCACAUACCCUACGCUCGACCCGUCCUGGUAUGGCUGUGUGCCUGCUGUGUUUGCAACGGUUGAAGUGAACUUGGCAACAGUUUGCGCCUCUAUCCCGAUUGUCUGGCUAGUCACACAGAGGGCCUUGAGCAAAAUCUGGGUCACGAGAGAGUUCGAGGUUAUUUCAGAACCUCUGGAUUUCCGUCUGAAGUCCACCGCGUCAUCUUACGACGGCGACUUUCAGACAGAAUGCCAACUGCAUCAAUAA